CAUGAUAAUAUAUGGAGUACUUUAGCUUAAAGGCUUUGGUUUAACUCCUAUUUAGUAAAAUGUUACUCUGAUUACUUAGGAAAAAUAGCUAAAUUUUCUAUACUUAGGCUGUUUUCUUCCCUCAGAAGCUAAUUUUAAGUUUUCUUUGGCCAUUUUUUUCUCUUAAGUCAUGAGAUGUCAGUUGUUUGCUGACAGAAUAUGCAUAACAUGGAAACAAUACAUGUGCCUAACCAUACCUGCACAGCUAAAGGCUGAGGGAUGAUAUUCCUUUGCUAAACACAUAUGUAUUUCAGAUGUUCAUAGACUUCAACCCAAAAAGAGGCUGUACAAGGAUCAUAUCGAACAAGGGGCUACUGCAUGAUUCAAAAUUGGAAAAGGCAUACAUCAGGGUUGUAUCCUUUCACCAUACUUACUCAAUCUGUAUGCUAAACAAGUUAUUUGCUGGACUAUAUGAAGAAGAACAUGACAUCAGAAUUGGAGGAUGACUUGUUAACAACAUGUGCUAUGCAAAUGGUACAACCUUGCUUGCCAGAAAUGAAGACAGCAUGACGUACAUACUGAUGAAGGUCAAAGACCUUCAGUGUGGAUUAUACCUGAAUGUGAAGAAAACUAAAGUCCUCACAGCUGGACCAAUAAACAACAUGAUGAUAAAUGGAAAAGAAAUUGAAGUUGUCAACCUCUAUGGAAGCAGCAGCCAAGAAAUCAAAUGAUGUCUUGCACUGGGCAUAUCUGCUGCAAAAGACCUCUUCAAAGUUGUCACUUUGAUGACUAAGUCUAGGAGACUAGAAGUCCGAACUCAGGGCACCGGCUCCAGGGGAAGGCUAUCUCUCUGUGUUGGCUCUGGAGGAAGGUCUUGGCAUCAGUCCUACCCUGGGUCUAGGGAUCAUGGGUCGAAAGGACACAGUCCGCUCCAGGGCAUCUAUGGUAACAGCCUCCUUUAAGUCGAACUUUUUCAAGAAUUCUCUGAAGAAACCAAGUAUGAUUUUCUUAUAUCAUGACAUCAUCUGAAUGCAAGAACAAGAAACAGGUUUUAUCUCUAAAUAUAAUGAAGGGCUGUGUGUAAACACUGACCCUGACUUAAUUCUAAUGAGCAUUUUAGACAUGAGUUUACAUCGGCAAAUGGGUUCAGAUCGAGACCUUCAGUCUUCUGCUUCAUCUGUGAGCUUGCCUUCAGUCAAAAAGGCACCCAAAAAAAGAAGAAUCUCAAUAGGCUCUCUGUUUCGAAGGAAAAAGGAUAGCAAACGUAAAUCAAGGGAGUUAAAUGGCGGGGUGGAUGGAAUUGCAAGUAUUGAAAGUAUACAUUCUGAAAUGUGUACUGAUAAGAACUCCAUUUUCUCUACAAAUACCUCCUCUGACAAUGGAUUAACUUCCAUCAGCAAACAAGUUGGAGACUUUAUAGAGUGCCCUUUGUGCCUUUUGCGGCAUUCUAAAGACAGAUUUCCUGAGAUAAUGACUUGUCAUCAUAGAUCUUGUGUGGAUUGCUUACGACAGUAUCUAAGGAUAGAAAUCUCCGAAAGCAGAGUUAAUAUCAGUUGCCCAGAAUGUACUGAACGGUUUAAUCCCCAUGAUAUUCGUUUGAUAUUAAGUGAUGAUGUCUUGAUGGAAAAAUAUGAAGAAUUUAUGCUUAGACGGUGGCUUGUUGCAGAUCCAGAUUGUAGGUGGUGUCCAGCUCCAGACUGUGGAUACGCUGUGAUAGCAUUUGGAUGUGCCAGCUGUCCAAAAUUAACUUGUGGGCGAGAAGGCUGUGGAACAGAGUUUUGCUAUCACUGUAAACAGAUUUGGCAUCCUAACCAGACCUGUGAUGCUGCCCGACAAGAGAGAGCCCAGAGUUUACGUUUGAGAACUAUUCGAUCUUCAUCCAUUAGUUAUAGCCAAGAAUCUGGAGCAGCAGUUGAUGAUAUAAAGCCAUGCCCACGGUGUGCUGCUUAUAUAAUAAAGAUGAAUGAUGGAAGCUGCAAUCACAUGACAUGUGCUGUCUGUGGUUGUGAGUUUUGUUGGUUGUGUAUGAAAGAAAUCUCAGAUUUACAUUAUUUAAGUCCAUCAGGAUGUACUUUUUGGGGGAAGAAACCUUGGAGUCGAAAGAAGAAAAUAUUGUGGCAGCUGGGAACACUUGUUGGUGCUCCUGUAGGAAUUGCUUUAAUAGCUGGCAUUGCUAUCCCUGCAAUGAUUAUUGGCAUUCCAGUGUAUGUGGGCCGUAAGAUUCACAAUCGAUAUGAAGGCAAGGACGUUUCAAAGCACAAACGGAAUUUGGCCAUAGCAGGCGGCGUAACUUUGUCUGUAAUCGUAUCUCCAGUAGUAGCUGCAGUAACUGUAGGUAUUGGUGUUCCUAUUAUGUUAGCUUAUGUCUAUGGCGUUGUUCCAAUUUCUCUCUGUCGAAGUGGAGGUUGUGGAGUCUCAGCAGGAAAUGGAAAAGGAGUCAGGAUUGAAUUUGAUGAUGAAAAUGAUAUAAAUGUUGGUGGAACUAAUACAGCUGUAGACACAACUUCAGUAGCAGAAGCAAGACACAACCCUAGCAUAGGAGAGGGAAGUGUUGGUGGUCUGACUGGCAGUUUGAGUGCAAGUGGAAGUCACAUGGAUCGAAUAGGAGCCAUCCGAGACAACUUGAGUGAAACGGCUAGCACCAUGGCACUAGCUGGAGCUAGCAUAACAGGGAGUCUGUCGGGAAGUGCCAUGGUAAACUGUUUUAACAGGCUGGAAGUACAAGCAGAUGUGCAAAAAGAGCAGUACAGUCUAAGUGGAGAAUCUGGCACAGUCAGCUUGGGAACAGUUAGUGACAAUGCCAGCACCAAAGCAAUGGCAGGAUCUAUUCUGAAUUCCUACAUCCCGUUGGACAAAGAAGGCAACAGUAUGGAGGUGCAAGUAGAUAUUGAAUCAAAGCCAUCCAAAUUCAGGCACAAUAGUGGAAGCAGUAGUGUGGAUGAUGGCAGUGCCACCCGAAGUCAUAUUGGUGGUUCAUCUAGUGGCUUGCCUGAAGGUAAAUCCAGUGCCACCAAGUGGUCCAAAGAAGCAACAGCAGGAAAAAAAUCAAAAAGUGGUAAAUUGAGGAAAAAGGGUAACAUGAAGAUAAAUGAGACCAGAGAGGACAUGGAUGCACAAUUGUUGGAACAACAGAGCACGAACUCAAGUGAAUUCGAGGCUCCGUCCCUCAGUGACAGCAUGCCGUCUGUAGCUGAUUCCCACUCAAGUCACUUUUCUGAAUUCAGUUGUUCUGAUCUAGAAAGCAUGAAAACUUCGUGUAGUCAUGGUUCCAGUGAUUAUCAUGCCCGCUUUGCUACUGUUAGCAUUCUGCCUGAGGUAGAAAAUGACCGUCUGGAAAAUUCCCCACAUCAGUGUAGCAUUUCUGUGCUUACCAACACUGCUUCAUGUUCAGAAGUUCCACAACUGAAUCAUAUUGCUGAAGAACAUAGUAACAAUGGACUAAUUGCCAAUGUUGAUUUAUAUUUUAGUGACACACUAAAAGAAACAAACAACAACCAUUCACAUCAGACAAUGGAAUUGAAAGUUGCAAUUCAGACUGAAAUUUAGGCCUAUAAAUGCUGCAAAAGAAUUACCACUGAACAACCUUGUUUGGAGCUGGUUGAACUACAUGUGACUAAGUAUCAAGUUACCAGCAGGAGCCAGGUUUCAUAAUCAUAAUGCAGAUACAUUUUCUGUGCUCAGCAAAGCAUUGUGUUUUGUGUGGAUCUUAGUUACCAAACUAUGAAAUGAAGGCUUUAAAAGUGCAUUAUUUUAAGGACAAUAAAUCUUAAGAGCAAAGCAUGUUUUGUGUGUUUGCCGCAAAACAUGGCUUGAAGCACAUGCUUGUGUACUUAGAUGGAAAUUUGGCUUAAUUUAUAAUCAGUAUAAAAUACUAAUGCAAUUCUAUAACAUUCUUAUAAAGAAAACUUGACGCUUAGGGCUAAGUGGUUAGUGACAUUUUAUUGAAACCACUAAAGGAUACUGUUUAAAAGAACCUUGCAGGUUACUCUCAGUAUGUUAUACUCUUUGUAACAUUUCUAUUCAUAACUGGGCAUAAAUUUCAUUUUUUUCUUGAUAUGCAAUGUGGAUAUAUAAAGCUUAAUGCAGCCCAUUUGCUAUCAUUUGGAUACUUAGACACUUUGAGCAAGAUUGUGGCAGUUUUUGCACAACUUUGAAAUAGAAAUACCUGGUACUCUAUAUAUCUUGUGUAUUGUUGAUGCCAUCUUAGAAGAAAAGUGUAAUGGUAGGUAAUUUAAAUAUACUGACAGCAACAAAUAAGAUAUAUAAAACUGCAAAAUAAAAUGCCAGUAGUUUAUAAGUAGUAGAAAAAGUCACCUUUCACUGAGGGGAAGUUUGCACCCCAUUGAUUCUUGGUGCCUUUGUGAUAGACUGGGUUUUAAGUGCCUAGUCGUUUGAGGACUUUGUUGUAUUGUUUUCCAUAACAUCCUCUCUAGCCACCUUAGAUUAUGUAGAAAAGUACGGAAAAUAGAUAAACAAUGUGAUUAAUAAUAAUGCUGAAAAAGUAUUCGCCUACCAAAGACACACUCAGGCUUUAGUGAGUAACUCUACAUAACCUCAGUUUUUGACACGUGCAUAUGUUCUCCAGACAUGAAAUCAAAGCGUGGUGCGGAGCUCGUACAAGUACAAGAGGGGCCCACGUGUGGUUGGCUUUGUUUCCUUUUGCUUUUGUUCAUAGAAGAUGUUCAGCUGACAUAAGCAAGAGGUUGGCCAAAAUACUGCCUGUGCUGUUUACUUCCUGUAAAAUUUACUUAAACAAAGCAGGAUAACUUCAACAAUAGCAGUUAAAAUGUUCCAUUUUAUGUGUUCCUUUUAAACAUUGCCAUUAUGGUGCUACUGAGUGUUUUCUUUUGAUAAAAACAAAAAUGCCAUGGGCUGCAGUCUUCUUCCAUCACUUUUCCUCACCAGGCCCAUUAAUAUGCUUAUAACACUAGUGCCAGUUAUUUGAUAGUGCUUAUUAUGACAUUUGUAUAUGUGUUUGCAUUCCAGUUGUGUUCAAUAAGGAAUGUGUAAAUUGCAUACAUGAAAAUAAAUGUAAAUACUGAUGUA